AUGGCCUCCUACAUCGACACUUCCCUCGCAGAGGCCCAGCCCGCACCCGAACUUCUAGGGGAGGUUAAGAAGCCCAAGAAGAAAAAGGUGCUGCUCAUGGGAAAGUCAGGUUCCGGAAAGAGUAGUAUGAGAAGUAUCAUCUUUAGCAAUUACAUUGCACGCGACACACGAAGACUAGGCGCAACUAUCGACAUCGAUCUCUCCCACGUCAAAUUCCUCGGCAACCUAACCCUCAACCUCUGGGAUUGCGGUGGCCAAGAGGCCUUUAUGGAAAACUACCUCUCCCAGCAGCGCGUCCACGUCUUCUCCAACGUCGGCGUCCUGAUCUACGUCUUCGACAUUGAAUCCCGCGACGUCGACCGUGACCUGGCAACCUACGUGUCCAUCCUGUCGGCGCUGCUGCAGUACUCGCCCGCUGCCAAGAUCUAUAUCCUGAUCCACAAGAUGGAUCUCGUGGUGCCCACCGCCCGCGAAUCCGUGUACGACGAGCGCAUCCGCGUCGUGAGGCAAAAGACGUUUGAGUACGGAAACUCGGUGGGUAUCGCUGCGAGUUCGAUCGAGCUUACGCCGUUUGCCACGUCGAUUUGGGAUCAAAGCUUGUAUAAAGCGUGGGCGUCGAUUAUCCACGAUCUGGUACCCAAUUUGUCCGUCAUCGAACGAAAUCUCGCAAACUUGGGCCUCGCCAUCGAAGCAGAGGAACUAUUGCUAUUCGAGCGCACGUCCUUCCUCGCCGUGUCAUCGUGGACAUCAUCCGAAGGCCAGCGCAACCCUACCGAGGAUCGGUUAGAGCGCAUGUCCAAUAUUAUGAAGCACUUCAAGCAGAGCAUUUCGCGAUUCACAGGCACACCGCGCAAUGCCGAGCAAUUCAUUCGCAUGGAGCACAAGGCUGGGCCUAGGUUCAGUUUGUUUAUUCUCAAGUUCACGACAAACACAUAUCUCAUGGUUGUGCUUCCACCGGGAGAGGCUCGAUUUAACGCUGCUAUGCUGAAUUGUCAGAUUGCGAUUGAGCAUUUCAGGUUCUUGGAUGGGCCCGUGAUCCAACCUGCCAACGCGACAACUCCAACUGCUGCCUAA